GUUUUCCCGCGGAAUCCGAGGAAUCCCUGCUGCAGAGAGCGGUGUCGGCGCUGCACGGCUCCUUCCUGCACCCCAAAUCCCGGCAGGAAUUCCAGUACAGCCGAGCAAGCCUGGUGGAAAACCAGCUUUUCCUGAGCGAGCUGAAAGCUUUCGCCCGAGCCAAGGAAGCCGCCGGGUACAGCCGAGAGGAGCUGCAGGAGACCUUCGCCUUCCUCCUCUUUGACAAGGAAGAAGAGGCGAGGGAGGUGUGUCGGACGGGCCUGCGGGUCAACAGCAGCUCCAUCUCCACGCUGGGAGACCCGGCCAAAGGGGUUUAUAUUUCCAAGCAUGCAGACUGCCUCCAUCCCAGCCCCUGGCACCAUGGAAAAUCGGGAUAUAUCGUCAUUUGCAAGCUAAUUAAGGGGAAGGUGCGGGUGAUCCCUGAGGAUUACACCACCACCUACACCUGCCCCUCUCCGGGCUACGACUGCCACGUCGCCGAGAGCCGCGAGCCGGGAUCGGCCGCGCCCAGCCCCUGCCAGGCCUUCGAGCAGAGCCAGUACUACGUGUACGAGGUGUCCGGCGGCAGCCCGGCCCAGCGGCCCAGGCAGGUCUGUCCCUACAUCGUCCUCUGCUGCCAGUACAGGGACCCCAAGGACGUGCCCAUGGAAGAAGACCUGCCCGAGCGCGACCACCAAGGACUGUACUGCCCAUGGAGGGGAGAACUCGCCAUCCAGGGAAAGCUGCUGUGCAACAUCACCCUGAGGACCCCCUACAGCUCCUCCCUCCCAGCCCAGCUGCCUCCCAGGCUGGACAUCAGCCACGUCAUGGGAUUGUCAGACCUGAGGAAAAAACUGCCGGAAGCUGCCUUUGGGAAAAGGAAUUACACCAGGAAUGAGGUCUGCUUCCAGGGGGUUUAUUCCAGCCUGUAUGAAGUGGAAAUAUCCGAUGAGGAUCAACAUAAAAUGGAUCAGCUGGUAGAAAACCUGAAGGAAAAGGACUUGGCAAUCAUCAAAUAUUUGCAGGAUCAGGGAGUCCUCAUCCUCCUCACGCCCUCGGAUGCGGAAAAACGCGCUCCGAGGGCCAUCAGGAAGUACGGCGACAAGAGGGACAUCCCCUGGAAAGUGGCCUCCCUCCUGCCGGGGCUCCGCUACGCCCUGCGGAAAGCCGGGAGCUGCCCCUGGAAUGACUCGGUCAGCGCCAGCACGCGGAUCAAGCAGCACUUCCAGGAAUACGCGAAGCUGGGGCAGGACCCGGAGCCCGAGGGCGGCGACCACCUGAGCCUUCCCCCCGCAGAGGAGGGAUCCAACCCCUUCCAGAGAUUCCCGGAGAAGUCCCUCUGUCGGCGGCCACCGGCUGCUUGA